UUGCCGAGACCGUGACACAUUUCUUUUCCAUCUUUCCUUUUAAAGAAAGCAGUAAGAACAUUCUUCACGAGAAAAUGCUUCAAAUGAAGACUGGGAUGAAUCAGCCCUUAGACAAGAAGGGACCUACUGAGAGAGGAGUGAAUGAGCAGAAGACUCAGCCUGAGAAAGCAGAAUUCUCCUGUGUGUCCCAUAGUGGGAGUUAUUAUUCCUUGAUCCAGGAUCAGGCUCGAGAGUUGACCCAUCUGCGGGAGCAGAUGAAGAUUGGGAGAGCUGUCUCUUCCGGUCUCAUCCAGCAUGUCAAGAACACAGUGAAGACCUUUGAGGAGCUCCUCAGCAGCAAUAAAAUUGACCACUACAUGGAGCAGCACUUCCGUGAGCAGCUGGCCAAGGGAAGCCAGCUGGCAGAGAGCCUCGCCAGCAAAUUCAGCGUGGAUGACUGUAUAAGUAAGAAGAAUCAAUCAGGACAGACGCUGCGGACCCUCAGUAUCUUAAGAGAGAUGCAUAAGAUGGGUAAAGUGACGAAAGUCCAAGAGACCAAGCAGGAUGCCCAGCCUCAGACUCGGUCCCAGAUCCGCUCCAGCAGCCUCGCUGAGACGGCCGUCCAUGGCUCCAGCAGCAGCACCUCCGCUCUGCUUGCUAAGCAGGAAGUGCGCCCUGAGGUGGAUGUGGCCAAUGUCAGCCCAGCCACUCCUGCUGAUUCAGCUUCAUUGCCCAGCAACCAUUCAGAAGCCAGAUGUGCCCAGCCCUUCUAUCCUCCUCUGAGUGGCACCACACAGCCGAGCAGGACACCAGACUGUGGGCACCAUGGUAGCAGCAGCUCAUGGGACGAGAUGAGGCCUCAGAAAAUGAAUGCAUCAGGGAACCUAUCCUCCUUCUCUUCUUUGUACCGGCCCAACUCCAAGCCCUCUGGGGCCGACCUGCUGGAGAAGAAUCUUGUUGAGAUCCACAACCUGCGCCAGCGCCUGGAGGAGUCUGUCUGCAUCAAUGACCGCCUGCGGGAGAGGCUAGAACAUGUGCUCAGCAAUGCUGACCAAGGAAAAAGUAGGAAAGGCACUGUGCAGUCAGCUCCGGAUGUCUCCCUUGCAACUCCUCAUUCAUACACUCAGAGUCACUCUUCUGGCUCUGGUCAGAACAUCUUGUGACAUGAUGCCUGGAGAGUCAAGAGGAAUGUUCUCCAGAACUUUUCCAGCCCUAUUCAACAGCAUUCUUGGGUAUAAACUUGGAGGCAUCAGACAUUACCUUUAAUUAAGUGGAUCAAUUUAAUAAAUUACUAUU